UUCCCAGAGCAAACCAGUGAGGAUCCCUCUGGGGGCAAAACAGCAGAACCAUUUCCCCCUUCAUUUUGGGGAGGAAGAAGGAGGAGAACAUGGUACCCAGAGUGAAAGGAGGAAGGGGAAUUAACUGCUUGAAGAUAAGCCAGUCAGAGGUUAUGCUUGAGAAAGUAUUGGGAAUAACUACCCAAACCAGCAGUGGUUUAGCUUGUGACCCAAACACCGGGCAGAUAGCAUAUCCUACAGGGUGUGUGGUUGUAAUUUUAAAUCCCCAAAAGAAUAAACAAAGACACAUCUUUAAUACUUCCAGGAAAACGCUGAGUGCUCUGUCUUUCUCACCUGAUGGAAAAUUUAUUGUUACUGGUGAGAACGGGCACAGACCAGCUGUACGAGUGUGGGACGUCGAGGAGAAGAUGCAAGUAUCUGAACUGCAUGGCCAUAAGCAUGGAGUGGCUUGUGUGGCUUUUUCUCCCAACAUGAAGUAUAUUGUGUCAGUGGGCUAUCAGCAUGACAUGAUUGUCAACGUAUGGGACUGGAAGAAGGAUACUCUAGUAGCAUCAAACAAAGUAUCUUGUAAAGUUACUGCAAUAUCCUUCUCUGAGGACAGCUACUUUGUUACCGUUGGCCACCGCCAUGUUAAAUUCUGGUUCUUGGACGCAUCGAGGGAAGUUAAGAUUAAAGAGACUGUGCCAUUGGUUGGUCGCUCUGGACUUCUGGGAGAACUUCACAAUAACAUCUUUUGUGGUGUAGCAUGCGGGCAAGGGAAACUGUUGGGCAGCACUUUUUGUGUUUCUUAUUCUGGACUUCUCUGUCAAUUUAACGAGAAGCGAAUGCUGGAAAAAUGGAUUGAUCUGAAGGUAUCGCUAGCAAAUUGCAUCUGUGUUAGUGAAGAGUUUAUUUUUUGUGGCUGUGCAAAUGGAACUGUGAGGAUCUUUCAUUCCCACAACAUGCAUUAUCUCAUUGAUCUCCCGAAACCUCACUACUUGGGCGUUGAUGUAGCCAAAGAGCUUGAACCAAGACGACCAGAUUCCGUCUACCCAGACACCAUUGCCUUAGCCUUUGACCCAUGCAAUCGUUGGCUCUCUUGUGUGUAUAAAGACCACAGUAUAUACAUUUGGGAUGUUAAAGACACAAACAAAGUUGGCAAAGUGUGGUCAGACCUCUUCCACAGUUCCUUUGUAUGGAAUGUUGAGGUUUACCCUGAGUUUGAGGAUCACAGGUCCUGUUUACCUCCAGGAUCUUUUCUAACCUGUUCAUCCGAUAACACCAUACGGUUCUGGAAUGUGGAAAGCGACACUAGACCUGUGUUCCAGAAGAACAUUUACAGUAAUAACUUGCUGAAGGUGGUGUACAUGGAUAAUAGUCAGCAUUUACAAGAUUCAACCAGUGUGCCUGACAGAAAUGAAAAUGCAGGGUAUCUAGAUGUGAAAGCAGGUGUUCGUGUGAUGCAGGUUAGCCCUGAUGGCCAGCACUUAGCCUCAGGUGACAGAGGAGGCAACUUGAGGAUACAUGAGUUACAGUUUAUGCAUGAAGUGGUGAAGGUGGAAGCUCAUGAUUCAGAAGUUCUCUGCUUGGAGUAUUCCAAACCAGAAACUGGGAUGGCACUGCUGGCUUCAGCAAGCAGAGACCGAUUGAUUCAUGUAUUAAACGUAGAUAAAAAUUAUAAAUUGGAGCAAACUCUGGAUGAUCAUUCAUCUGCCAUAACAGCUGUCAAAUUUGCAGGUAAUGGAGAAGUUCAAAUGAUAAGCUGUGGAGCUGAUAAAAGUAUUUAUUUUCGCAGUGCACAGAAGGUUGCAGAUGGGAUUAAUUUCAUCAGAACUCAUCAUGUUGCUGAAAAAACCACCUUAUAUGACAUGGAUAUUGAUAUCACACAGAAAUACGUAGCUGUUGCCUGCCAAGAUAGAAAUGUCAGGGUAUACAACACUGUCAGUGGGAAACAAAAGUGGUGCUACAAAGGAUCGCAAGGUGAUGAUGGGUCAUUACUAAAGGUACAGCUGGAUCCCUCGGGAACUUUUCUAGCAACCAGUUGCUCUGAUAAGAGUAUUUCGGUCAUUGACUUCCAUUCCGGCGAGUGUGUUGCAAAAAUGUUUGGCCAUUCAGAAAUAGUAACUGGGAUGAAGUUUACCUAUGAUUGCAAGCAUUUAAUCACAGUCUCAGGAGACAGCUGUGUGUUUAUAUGGCACCUUGGCCCUGAGAUUACAAACUGUAUGAAACAGCACUUAGUGGAGCUCAAUCAACUACAACAGCAGAAGAAAGCAAAGGAAUUAAACUGGUCUAAUCAAAUCAGGCGGCAGACCUAUGUUGCUGUGCCAAGUGGAAGGAUGUCCCAGAAGGCAGAAGAGCCGACCGACUACGAUACUGACGAGGAGAGGGAAGAGGAGUCCUCUCUGCAGACUCCAGCCAAAGAAGACUUUGACACAGAUCCUAGCUGCAUCCUAACUAAUGGCAAGCUACCUAUGUGGGCAAAGAGACUGUUGGGAGAGGCAGAAAAUUCGGACAGCAUGACAUUUAACCCAAGGGUGAAUUACCAGCCUCAAGGACGAUGGGCGGAACGUGCUGACAAAGAGCCAAUUAAAACCCUUUUAGACACCGAGAUUAGUUACUUUACCCCAAUAAAAAAUGACUUCCUGGGUGACACUGAACUCGAGCCAAAGAAUCUGGACCAACUGCUCUUGGAGACUGAGAAUUCCCCUAGCAAUGUCAUUGAGGACUUCAAACGCCCGGAUCUCUUCUCAGAGGACGAAACAAAUCAGGAGCCUGAAUCUCUUGAAACUAGUGGAAACAGCAUAUAUGAUGCACAGACCGGGGACAGCUCUCUAGAGGCAGAAAGUAAAUAUGUGAAGGAGCUACAUCUUCAGCCCCUUUAUCAGAAGGAAGUCAAAAAUGGGAAAGACAAAGGCUGCCCCAUCACAUCUCUGGAUUCUGAAACAUCUGCUUUUGAUCAACAACAGGAAGAUGAGGACUCCGUGGGCUCAGAUGGAGACUUGGCCGUGGAAAUAGAAACAACUGAUUUGGAUGGAAACUUCCAGAGAGACAGUUCUUUACCCCAAACCCCAGAACAAGAGAAGUACCUGAAACAUCAUUUUGAGACCUUGGCAGAUGCCCAUGCUGAAGAAAAGUUUGAUGGCUGCUUAAAAGAUUUGAAGCCACCUGAAGAUGUGGAUGAUGGAAAAACCCCGUUCUUGAAUCCGCGUUUGAGUAUUUCUGCAAGAUUUCUCUCACGCUGCCAGAAGAACAGCAGGCUUGCCGCUGCCUUUCUUCCAAGAGCACGUCAGCAAUCUCAAAGUACUACAGAUGCAAUAGACCAAGUUAAGGAAGAGAGUAAAUUAUCUCGGGAGGCCAAGAAUUCAGAGAAACCAUUGGAAGAAAAGCCCCUUGAGGUGGUAGGAAAAACAGACUCCAAGGCAUGCAAUCCCUCAGAAACCCAGAUCCUCAUCAAAAGUUUUGAAAUGAACCUGCAGCCUUUGUGCACUGCGUUCCAAGAGACGUUGCAGCUUUAUGACAAGGUGACUUCAUGCAAAGACUCCACGGAGGAAGAGCUCCUCCAGAUAAAAACCAUGCUUGCCAGCACUUUCAGCUGGAUGAAAACUGAACUGGAUUCCAGAGCAGUCAAAAACAACGCUGACGUUGCAACGGCUACAGACAGUCCGUCCCCUCAGCUCAAACGCCUGCAUGACAAUGAGACGCUUUAUCUCUUGAAACAUUACUCGGAAUCGCUGGUGAGAAUGGUCCAGAAAAAACUUGAUGACUCUAUUAAACCAGAAGUGGCUUGAGUGACCCCGGCAGGUAGAUACGCCAAGGGUAUGUUUUAUUGCGAUGCAGAGCUUGAGAGACCACACAUUAAAUCGAGGCCCCACACGUGACUCCUGCGGAGUCGGACCUUUUACAUAAUAUGCGUGUUAACGGUUGUCUUCUGCACUGUUUUUUUUGUUGUUGUUGCUGUUGUUGGUUUUGGUUUUAUUGUGUGUGUAAAUUGUAUUUUAAUGGCCUCAGCAAACACGGUCCUAAGCAAUAGCCUAACAAACGGCCUUUUUGGAAGAAAGCGCUCAGACUGUUACAGCGGAAACAAGGGGAGAGGAGUGAGGCGCCGUCGCUAUGUUUUGGAUCUGUAUUUUAGGUUGGUGUGUUGUAAGCUGCUUCGGCAAAAGUGGUUUGGGUUUUUUAGAUCCCUGAUACUUUCAAGAAGUCUUUAAAAAUAAAUGUUUUAUUUGAA